AUGGUAAAACGUUUAUUCGCCUAUUUGAAAGGAACAAUCAACUGUGGAAUUUUCUUCAAUGGACCCAACAACCUGAUUGAAUACACUGACUUGGAUUACGGAGGAGAUUCUGAAACCCUUCACUCAAAAGUCGCGUUCUUUUUAUACGCGGUGGACCAGUUGCAUAGAUACAAAAUGGAUCCGUUGUACCUAUCAUACUCCCAGGCCAAUGGUGUGCCUCAAGAGUCCAAAUUGGCAACAUACAUGGGUGAAGAGAAAGUGAAUUUCAUGGAAAUUCCUCUCAAAAAGAAGAAUCGUGUGGACAUAUUCAAGAGAAAUGGAGUGUUUGCAUCAUGCUUGUGUUCCUUCAAAACUUUAAAUGUCUUGGAUUGCUGCUGUAAAACUAUAUGCUGUGAAACAGGUUCUUUUGAGAAGCUGAGUACAUAUCACAUUGCUAAUCACCAAAGCUCGAGUCCAACAUCUAGCCUGAACCAGUCGAUGGUUGCCCUUACGUUGGAUCAACCAGUAUCAAUUAAAAAGGAGAAUGUGGGUGGUACCACCUACUUCUAUCCAACUUCAAGUGGUGAGACAGGACCACUUGCUGAAGAGGUUCCUUCAACUACUCCUGUUCCUACUGUGGUGAUGCCCAAUUUCACAGUAUAUACUGGGUCACCUACACAUGUUAGCUCCUUGAAGGAGAAGUCAUCAACAUCGGGAUUUUAUGUAUCUGAAGAAUUACGUAUGGAACAGAUGCAUAGAAAUGCCCUCAUUCUUGCACAACCAGAUCCAGAACAAUAUCCAGAUUUACCUGCUGAAGUAGAGCACUAUCGUGACCUUUGUCCUUUGAAACCGGUUGCUGCAGCUCCCGCAAAUAAAACUCAAUUGAUGGGGUAUUCUGCUUCAUCUUAUAAAGCAACAAAUGUGAAGACUGGUAUUCGCUAUUGUCUGCAAAGAAUACAUGGUUACAGACUUCCCAAUACAAAAUGUAUGGCUGUGGUUGAUAUGUGGAAGCAGUUGGAACAUUCCAAUGUAGUUCAGUUAAGAGAUGUGUUUACAACAAAGGCUUUUGGAGAUUAUUCGAUAAUUUUUGUGUAUGAUUAUCAUCCUGGGGCUGAGACAUUGACAAUGAAACAUUUUCAACAAUGUGAGCCUGUGAAUGGAUAUACUGAUCCAUUUUCUGCUGAUCCUAAUGCACCAAGACCAUAUAGUCAUCAAAAAAAUAAGAUUUUGCUUCAACAACAAUCUAAUUUACUUCCUGAAAGUGUGAUAUGGAAUUAUAUAAUACAAUUAACUGCUGGACUACGGGUUAUUCAUGCAGCUGGGUUGGCUUGUAGAACUCUAGAUCCCAAUACCAUUAUUUUGAGUGGUCGAUCACAUCUUCGUAUCAAUUCUGUUGCCAUUCCUGAUGUAUUGACAUGUGAUUCAACUGCUGCCAAUCCUCAUCAUCUUACUUCUCAUUGCCAGCAAGAAGACUUAACAUCUUUGGGAAAAUUAGUUUUGGCUUUGGCAUGUCGAUCCCUUGUGGCUUGUAAUAGAGAGAAUAUCCAAACAUCUUUGGAUUUAGUGGCAAGAGCAUAUUCACCAGAUCUUCGGAAUCUGAUAAUGUACCUGUUAACUAAUUCUCAGCAGCCCCAACAACCCAAGAGCGUGACAGAUCUUAUGCCAAUGAUUGGAGCAAGGUUCUACACACAACUAGAUGCAGUGCAAGCCAGAGCAGAUAUGUUGGAAAAUGAGCUUGCCAAGGAAUUGGAGAAUGGUCGCUUGUGUAGACUUCUUGUGAAAUUGGGCACUAUAUGCUUGAUGUCACGUGAUGGGCAGAGCAUUCUGGUUGUGAGUUAUGCUGAGCUGAAACACUGUCUCGAGCAAUCAUUUAGUGAGAUUCUAUCUGCAGCAACUAAACAAGAUAUUUCAUAGUUGUAAGAUGGCCAAAUAUAAAGUUUAAACAUUAUAUUGAAGACUGUUUCUUUUUUAUGUUUUAUGUAUAUUGUAGCUUUUAUAGAUUAACACCCUCACUGUAGCUCAUCAACCUUAUAAUUGAAUAUUUUUUAUGCUCUUCAGACCAGUUAGUGAGCAUUGCAUCAAAAAGAUUUUUCUUUUCUUUUUUUCUUUUUUCUUUCCAUAUGGUCAGGCCACACUGGAACAGAUCUUCUUCUUUGUUGGCAUGUGGUAACUUAUUAGGACCAAAUCAAUGCUUUAGAUUCUCACAUUUUUCCAAAUGAUCUUCCAUUAGUAAAAACAUUCACAAAUAUGAUUCCUGGUUGUUGGUUGAAGAUUUUUCUAACGGACGAUGUUGAAUAGUUUUAUGCCUGAUUAUUCUAAAGCACCUUGUUUGUGAGGCAUUGUAAUGUGUUCAGAAUGACAAAAGAACUCUAUUUUUGUACCACCAGAAAUGAUGCACUACUUUGGAAUUCCCAACCGAAGGAGAGCAUCAGUACUUAGUCAUAAAAUUCUCAAUUGUGUCUUUUAUUUUUUAACUAUAAUGAAUGUGCCAAGAGAAUAGAUCAAAGGGAUAACUCUCAUACAUGUACUUAGCUCCAGCCUAGGAAAUGAUUCAUUAUAUAUGUGUAAUAUAUGCAUAUUCUUUGGCCCGAGUAUGAGUCUCAUUUUCAAUAUGUAAAAAGGUUAAUAACUAGUAACACUUGGUAUAAAAAGCAAGUAUUUGAACUAAAGUGGAAAUUGUAUGAGUUAUGAACAAUUAAUACUGAAAAUAUUUCUAUUUUAUGUUACUAUCCAUUAUUCACCAUUGAAUGUACAUUACUAAUUUGUGAGGAACAUUUUGUUAUAUUUCCAUACUGUACACUCACAAUGUAUUUUGAAAACAGCCCUGCUUAUUUAUGCUUUCAUUGGUGAAGUGGAAUGAAGGAAAUUAUUAAUCUUAGCUCAGAUUACAAAUGCUCAUAUAUACUUAUUUCAGAAAUAAGCCGUUUUGUUUUAAUAAUUUCUUUGUGGAUGACAUAGAAAGUAAUUUAAACAAUUAAUUUAAGAUUUGCAGGAAAGAAUAUUUCUACAUAAUUGUAAGUUUUCACUUGUUGAAGAAUUGAAAGUGCAAUAACUAAAUGGUUAAGAAAUAUGCUGAAUAUAUGUAUUGUUAGUAUUAAUUUCAGAAAAUUUAGACUUCAGUAAUUUGAAAGCAAUGUAUUACUCAUUCAUUAAUGCAUACCAAGUUAAUGGUUCUGAAACCAUGGUUUAAAAUAUUAUUUUUAGGAGACAAACAUCUCAGUUUUAACAAGCAGAGCUCAGGAUCUUAUUUUUUUUUAUGAAUUCUGGGAAAAAUUGCUUGGAGGAUUCAGUAAAAGAAUUGUUCCUACAUCUCCAAUCAACUUCUCCUUUAAUUUAAUUAUAGUUUCGUACUUCAGUAAACGUUUAAAGCCAUUACUGCAAUCCUUUUAAGAUAUCAUUUGCAUAUUGCAAUAUGAAACUUAUUUUUGAUUAACUAUUCUUCAGUAAGUGUUGCAAAUGAUAUCGCACUGCAUUUAAGAUUCAUUAUUGUUAAGAGGGUACUUCAAUAGCUCUGAAAGAAAUGUGAGUGGGGAAAGGAAAAUAAAGGGUUGAACUCAAACUUUAUACGAGUUAUUAGACAAUGUGUUUCUGUUUCCUUUUUUGACCUUGUCUUUCAUUUCGUACUCUCUGAAUAUUUUUAAGUCUUACUUUUGUGGAAUAUGAUUAUUUGUUCUUAAUAAAGAUAAUUCUUUCUCAAAUAUUUGUGUUAACAUAAACAAAAUUUGCUCUAAAUGUAAUUAUUAUUGGAGUAAAGAAUUCAUAUAAGACUGUACUUGGGAAGUACACAAUUUAAGUUAUUAUAAGUAUGUUAAUGCCAGAGAUUGUGUAAAAUAUUGCUGUCAUUUUUUAUUUCUACUUUUCUUUUGAAUAUCUCUCAGAUAUUUAAUUCAUAUCCAAAUGUAGUCAUUAUUAAUAUAAAAAGAGAGAAUUACAAAACAAUAAUUUGAUAAUGGUACUUAAAUUCAACAAUUUGGAAUGCCCAUUUUGUUGUUUAUAUGAGUAAGAUAUCUUCAGUAAUCUUUAACAUGUGAAAGAAAGAUACAAAAAAUGGUAGUAUUCACACAUAUGAACCCUUUAAAAAGAUAAAAAAAAUUAAUUUUGAUGUUUUGAACUCCUCUCGAUUGUAUAUUUAGAUGUUAUAACUCAUUUUAUCUUCAUUAUUGGAGAUAUUGCAGGUCAGGAAUAUGUGCACAAAUUUCCAUUCGUAGUUCCCGACAAAAGAAAUUCCAUUCAGAAAUGGAACUUGCGUAUAACUUUACACUGCCAGAAAUAAUUUGUAAAUAAUUUUGUUACUAAAAGAUGAUUUGAUCAUAUUGUGAUGGGUGCAUGCUAAUAAAUGUAUUAAGAAAAUCAGGCUGGGAAGAAUGUUAGAAGAAAAUUGCAACAGUAAAUUAUAAUAAGAAAAUAUAACAUGAUUUCGCACAAAUGUCUUGAUAUGCACAUUAAUAAAUUUUUAUUCUUAAAUAGUUUUUUAUCAUAUGUUCAAAUGUAAGAAGUGCAGGUGCCUUUACUAUAUUGCAAUCCCCCUUCCUGUUCUUAAUAUUUCUUUUGUUAACAUUUUCAUCUCUUAAAGAAGGCGAUGCUAACUUAACUUCACAGAAUAAAUUACUUUCCCCAAUAAGUUUGUCAUAUCAAGUAGAUCAAAUAGUCGACAUUAAUGAACGUUAAUAGGAUAUUAUGAAAUAGUACAUAACAGAGUUCCUAGGAUACAGAAUGUGUUAUUUCCCUUGGUUCUUAAAGAAAAAAAAAAGGGGGGAGUGGAGGAAGAAAAAACAAACAAUAAUGUGGCCAUAAUCAACUUUUAUAUAGAACAACUGCAGGACAAAGUACAAUUCAAUUUUGUAAAGUGAAUUUUGUGGAGUACUGAUAAAGGUUUCAUGAGAUUCUUGAUUGUGAUAUUCUUUUAAAUUGAGAAUGUACAAGUGAAAUGCAUAAUCAGAGUGCAAAAAUGUGUGUGCAUUAAUGUGUCACCUACCUUGUAUUUCCUGUGACCCUCUUUGUUUCCCCAAAUAGAGUAUACAAAUUAGCUUCCAAAGAUAUCUUUCCGUAGUUCUAGUGUAAAAGUCUUAGCAGUAGGUUUUCUAGGAAUAUUCUUGUAUUGAAAUAUGUUCUGCCAUCUUUAUUUUGAUUGGUAAUUUGCCAGUGAACUAUAAAUUUUUUGAAGAAAAUUUCUGCCCCCUUGAAGUUACAUUAUAUUGCAAAAGUUAGAACAAGAGGACUUAAAAUUGGUCUUUAUCAAAACAUUUCCAGACUUUCUAUUAUAUCUUUGCGGUCUUAUUUGUCACUAACCUAAUCAUUGUUAAACCAAUUUAAAAUGAAUAGUAUGUGAUGUUCAAAACUUUCAAGAAAAUUUCUAAAAGUAACUUUUCUGUUGCACAUGAUCAAGUUUAAUCUUUAAUUAAUUAUUGAUUCUAUUUCUCACCGCAAGACAAAACAUAUUACUGCCGGAAUGGGAAGAAAGAAAGAAAAAAAUGACACAGGUCUUGGUAGAAAGACAUGAAAUUAUGUAGUUUCCAUUCAUUUGUUGUAAAAUUUGAAUUUUUUUUUUAGACUUUUCAUUUGAUUUUUAAGUAUUUUGUUGUACUCGUUUCAGAGUUUUUGUGUAUGUGUUUUGUAAUAAAUUGAUGGUUAUGCAAAAAUGCUUUAUAUUUUUUCAGAUAGAUACAAAGUGUAAAAAGUGACCAAUUAGCUGAUGUAUUUGCCACAUUGGUCUGCUAUAUUCUUUCAGCUAAUAUUCGACUUUAAAUAUGUAUAUCUUACUAGUUAUUUAUGUUAUUCAUAUCUUGAAUUAGGUACUUUUAUGUCUUUCAUUGCUAUGCAUAAAAUGCUAUAAUGAACUGACCCCACUAGGCCUGAAAAUAAGAGAUGCAUAAUAACCAAGAUUUAAGAUUUUCUUUUUACGAGUAAAGAAGUACUAAGUUACAAACAUUACUGCUAGCAAUAUAGAAUCAAGUCCUCAGAUACAUAAGAGAAUCUUUUAUUUGGUUUGUGGAGUUUGCUCUCAAAGUCUUUUUAAAUUUGAUCAUAUUCUUUUAAUUUUAUUUCAAGGCUCAUUAUUCACACUUGCAAUUUUUUGUAAUAAGUUUGUUUUUUUCUCAAUCAUGUUACAAGUUUUCAAGAAUUUGUGGUUAGUUUAUUUCUUCUAUAAUUAGUAAUUUUUUGAAAGGUAAAUGUUUUGAUGUGUACUCAAUUAAUGAAAUUUUAGAUUAUUACUGCUUGGAUUGAUCUAAUUAAUACGUGGCAUCAAUGACAAAUUAAAUCUUUCUACCUUCAUUGUUAGGAAUAAGGCAGGUCAUGACUCCAUUUCCAGCUCUAUUUAUUUCAAAUCAUUAUUUGACAGUAUUACAAUUCAUGAGUAAAAUUUGUUAAUGUAGUGUCAGUCUUUCUCAUGUUGUGUAUGUAUCUGACAUAGUUAUAUGAAAUCUUGUGAUAUGGAUUUGUGUUAUUAAAUUUUAUCAGUAUCCCCCCUCAAAAGAAAAUGUAGUUGUAGGGAAGUUCAAAGCUGCAACUUCUUGAGAAAAACAAGGGAAAUAUGUGAAUUUCUAUAUUUAUUUUUUCCCUAAUGUGACUCUAUUAUUUAUUCUUUCAUUCCCUGUUGCCCUCCCCCUUUUCAUGUCAUCUCCUCCUCCAUGUCAUCUGCUUUCCCUUCUAUUCUUUCACUCUUCUCUCAUGACCCUAUUGGCUUCAAGUAUUUUGUUGCUUUUUUUUUACUUUUGACUUUCAUUACCUUGAUAUAGUCCAUUUACUUGCUACUUUUGCUGGAAACUAGUGCAAAAUUAGUUUUAUUUUCAACAAAUAAUAAUUUAUUGUAAAUAAUUAUUCCAAAACCUUUUUUAUUUGAUAGCUGUCACAUUUUCAAAGGAAUAUCUACAUUUUGAAUUUUGGGACUUGUUGUGAAACUGAUGAUUUAAAGUAUCUGCAGUACUUCCAAGAACUGCAUGCAAACAUUAGGUUCAAACCAUACAGUCAACUCCAAAGUAUAAAAUGUGGAGCCAUUGAUAAAAAUAUAUUAACUUUAUAAGAACUUAGUGGAAGUAGUUGUUAAUUCGUAAUCAUUAAUCUUUACUGGGGCCAGUGGCUCCACAUUUAUUCUUUGUUAGUAUUUAUGGUUUGUAUCAAAUGCUUGCAUAUGCAGUUUAGAAGUAUUGCCUAUACUAUUUUGCUUGAGUAAAUUCCUCAAUAUAUUGUACAUGGGAUUUAUACAUGUCUAUGCAGUGUGAUUUUUUUUAUUGCACUGUUUCUAGGUUGUGUCCGAAUUUGUUGGUUUGAAUAUUGACAUUUUUCCAAAGGUCUGAGUCAGUAAAUUACUUUUAAUGAGUUUUUUUUUUUGUGUGUGUGUGUGUGUGUGUUUGUAUCGACUUUUCAAAUUAGAGGAUUUGGCAUCAUUCUUUUAAUAUUCAUUAAUUUGCUAUUAAUUAAUAUUUUUGGUUAUUGAUGUUUUCUUAACAAGUAAUCAGUGAUGGCCAAAGAAAUAAAAUUUCCCAUUUCCUUUUUGAGUUGUAUUUAAUCAUCAUAUUCAGUUUGUGUAGAAUGUUUGUUUCAAAACAGUGCCUUUAGAGGUAUUUUCAACCUUCGUGCAAUGGGCCCUUGGUUCUCCUCUGCCUCAGAGCACGCUUUGCAACAUAAUUUACCUAAGAGGUUUAUAUCAAAGCUGACUCCAACAACUCACAUGUAUUAAAAACUUGUCUAUGUUGUAAAAUUCUCUCAAAUCUGUUAGUGGAGCUCUAGGAAACUUUUGAACCUCCCAGUGGUGUUGAACUUUCGACAUUGGCUAAAUUGCUAGAAUGAAUUCAAACACUGUCAGGAGAAUUCUAGUGGUCCUGCUACUGUGAUAGGUUGUUUUCUAUGGUUCCUCUGAACACUACCAGGGAAAUGCCUUAACAUAUGGCUCACAGACCUUGCAUGAUUUUUUCCUUCUUCAUCCUUGUCUCCUCCUCCCCCCUCACACACACACAUGUAAUUAGGUACACUACACUAUUGCAAAUAUUGAGAACUUAUAGCUUACCCUGGUGGGGGCAGUGCCAUGCAAAGAAGAUACACAAGGUGAUGGGAAGUCUCUCUAGCUGAUGUGUAGGUUGGUACCAGAUCUCAUGUUCCAGCGAGAGAUAGGGGAGGAACUAGUCACCUCCUGCCUUACACAAACUAUACUUGCAAGAUUAAUGAUCAUAGCAGUUGACUUGUCCAGAAAUACUAAUCGAUCGAACCCGUGGGCUUGGCAACAACAGGCUGGCAUGCUACUGUUUGCACCAUAGUAACUGACAAGUCCUACAAAACCGUUCAACACAGCUCGCAUCAUUGCCACAAAUUAUUUAAUUUACAUUGACAAUCUCAUAUCAAUGGGGGUCAAUGACAGACCCCAGCCUAGUUUUUAUUCUCUCUCUCUUUGUGGAGGUAGAAAGUUAGUGUUUCAUUGUAUAGGACUUUUAUUAAUAAUCUUUCAAAACUUAUAAAAUGUUUACAAAACAAUUCAAAAUCUUCAUGCCUAAUCGCUUCAUGAAAACCCCGGCAUUCUCUUAAAACCCAUUAGACUUUUAGCCACUUUACUUUAGUAUCUGCUGAAGUAGAGAACCAUUGUACAUUCAGAGCAAUGCAGUGAAUGUUGAACUAGUUCUUUAAAAGAAGUGGCAAUCUGUGGCCUGAUGGAAAGAACAGUGGUACAGAAAAUCAGUAUGUACCCUUGCCAUUCCUUGAAAACUAAAAAUAUUAUAAAACCAACUUGCAGCAAAUGUUUGUAAUAUAUUGCUAAAUUUGUCGCAUUAUUUCACAAAUACGUAAAUUGUUCCUUCAAUUGUUUGAUGGUAUAUUCUGUGCUCUGCCAUUGACCUCCUCUCCUCUUCCCCACCUGCCCCCAGAGGGUGUUGUGUGGACUCCUGAAUGGCAUUGGUAUGUGACUAUUACAUGUAUUAAAUUUUUUCUGAACCAAGAUAAGAAAUGUACUGGAAAUAUUCUUGGAAAAUGUCCGUAUGAAAUAGCCUUAAUCAAAAUACAUUUCUAAAUGAUUGCCAAAUAAAUUUAAGUUUCUGCUAUGAAUUUGCAUUUUUAAGGAAUCAGUCUUUUCUCGCACUUAUUUGCUUUAUUAAUUUCUGAGUUGUCUCUUACUGCAAAACCAUUAUUUCAUGUCAAAUGGCAAUAACAAUUUUCUUUGUUUUCUGGCAAGGGUGUGCAUUAAACAUUCAUUUUCUGUUUUCUGGUUGAUUGUGUUCUUAUAAAUUUAUUUUUACCUCAAUUUUAUCAGUGUGAGAUUUGAACAUUUGAAGUCCUAUUUAAAUGUAACUAUUGAAAGUUACGCAUGUGAGUAAAUAUUACACAUCUAAAGGGUAGGAUUGCAGAUUAUUGCACUUAAAUUACUUCUUUACUUAAGUUUCUUAAGAUUACUGAGAGAGGGAAUGACAUUGGUUUGUGUAUAAAAUUCAAAUGAAGAAUAAUGAUUGUCAUAUAAUGUUAAAAAAAAUGAGUUUUUGAUGAUAGAAAACCUGAAGCACUAAUUAGCUUUAUGUUACUAAAAAACUUUGGAAUAAGUAAUUUCAGCUUCAUAAAGAUAAAACUUUAUAAACCAUACAGAAGUUAAAGAUAAGAAAUGCUACAUUCAUUAAAAUUAUAGCACAAUGAUUUAUGUUUCUUCAGUAUGCAGAGUUUAAUGUUAUAAACUACAAAAGUAUUGUUUAAUCAUCAAUGGACAAUGCAAAGGAUCAUAGUUAAUAUGAAAAUAUGACAUUUUCUUUUAUAAGUAAUUACAUUAUCGUACAUGUAGCAUAUUUUGCAUAAUCCUCUUUUUGAAACUGCAUGCUGCUUUGUGCAUUUAUUCUUGUAAGCAAUCCUCCACUGAAGCCAAGAGUACAAAAUGUUAUUUACCAGCAUACUUGUAAGCAAAGUGCCUUUAAAAGUAGAUCAAUAUAUAUUUCACAGCAAUAACUUCAGUAGGUUUUACAAUCUGUAUUCACCAAUAUUAGGGAGCAGUAUUAUGAACCAAGAAUUUCCCCAAAGAUAGUAAUUUGUGUUGCGUAUCUUCACAGGAAUUGAAACUAGAAGAAUGGGGUGCACUCUUUUAAUUUGUUUCACAUAAACUUCCAUUUUUUCAGUGUUCUUAUGUUAUUCAGUGUCUGGAUUUGAACCAAAUUUCAGUAUGUUUUUUCAUUUAUUGUGACAGAUCUCCAAAAGCUUGUACAUUUUAAAUGCAUAUAAUAAUUUAUUGGUAACUUAUAUAAAUACAAGAAACAAAAGAUUAUGACAAAGUGAAUAGUUUAUUGUGCAUUAAUUGGACUUUUGCUUUGUUAUUUUUCGUAAUUUAAAAUAACUAUUGACAUUAUAUAAACUACCAAAUAUUUUUUUGAGACUAUUUAUCUUCUGGUUUUGUUUUACAGUAACGUACUAAGAUU